UUGACAGUGGGAUUGCACAAUGAUGUUGACUACCGAAAAUGGAAGUUAAAACUGGAUUGUUUUCUUAACGUAUGAGGUUGUAAUGAUAAGUACGCCGUUUUGUUUGCCUGCUAAUCUGUUUCAUAAAUCGCCCACAUGCUGAUCUCACUACUGCAGUCUUUCUCCAGAGCAGUCUUGCCACAUUCUGCGGCUAUGGCUUUACUGAAUGGGUAGAGAGGUACCUGUUAGUCCAUGGACUAUGUAAAAGCAAACCAUUGCAAAGAAUAUAGUGUGAUAGAGAGCGGGAGAUCUGCUUCAGAGUGAACAUUUAUUUACAAAAAAGGACUGAGUUAAAUGUACAGCACAUACACACACCCUCCAUUGAACGGAAUCCUUUAACAUAGACCGGGCUGUGCUAUUUUGCUUUGCUAUGGUUAAUAGUAAGUUUGUUUUAUAUGUAUGUCCCAAGUUUAUUUUUAAAUUUAAACUUUCAUUAAACUGCCAUUUUAGCACGCCCCACCUCAAUACAGUGCCGCCCACGUCAGUCCACAGAAUUCGUUACACCCUCAUAAAAAAGAAAGCACAUCGAAGAUGUUAUCUUACUAAGGUACGCCCAGGUAGUCUGUCCUUUCCGUACAGCCACUGGGAUACCAGGAUCUUAUUAUUUAUUUUUAAAAAAAGCGCGGGCGGUUCAUUGAAAUCUGUGGAACAGGGAACAUUGCAGAAUGAGUGUUGCACGGUACUGCUGUGUAUAAUGAACAGAAUAUUCAAAAACACAGAAGCACAUGUUUGGAAAAGGAAUUUUGCUCUAAACACCUUAAUGAUCUAUCAGGUUUUAGUAUUACACUUGUUUGGACAAUGUGAAGGAGGGACGAUAUUGACUGUUGCUGGAAGCAUCACUAACGCUUCAGUAGGAGAUCGGGUCAUGUUCCCUGUCACAGCAGAGGGAAAUCUGACAUAUGAGCUUAGCCUGCUAUUUCAGUCAGACACGAAAAUCCUAUCAUGGAUCUCAAAUAAUCCAUCAAAUCCAACAAUUUUCAACUUAAUGUUUGUAGACAGAAUACAAGUGGAUGGAACUGGUUCAAUAUUUUUGGAUAAUGUACAGCUCUCAGACAGUGGACAGUAUGACAUGCAGAUCAAUUAUGUGAGACACACAAUGAAAACAAUGACAAGAAGUUUUCAGCUGCAUGUCUUUGAACCUGUUUCAAAGCCCAAUGUGACAGCUGUUUGCUCCGUGAACAACAUCACUAUGACCUGCUCUACCAGCCAGGGGACCCACGUGUCCUAUCGAUGGGAAAAGGUGCCUGCCUGUAGUAGUGAGAGCUGUGUCAGUGCUGGUGCAGAGAAGCUGGUAGAUGGGCUGUAUGGAUCUACUGAUGAGUACAAAUGCAUUGCUGAGAACCCUGUCAGUACAGAAACAAGCGAUCCGCUGGGAACACAAGCAUGUGAUGAAAACCUUCACAAAGGUCCCAGGCACUGGUGGGUUGCUAUAACAUGUGUCAUUUUUUUGGGUAUAUUACUAACUGGAGUUUACCUGUACAAGAAGACAAAGAACAGGAACAAAGAAAACACUGAUCUGCAGUUACAAACAGAAGAAAGGUCUGAUUGUCAUAUUGAACCAGUAUAUGUAACAGAAGAAAGGUCUGAUUGUCAUAUUGAACCAGUAUAUGCAACAGCAGAAAGGUCUGAUUGUCAUAUUGAACCCGUAUAUGUAACAGAAGAAAGGUCUGUUGAGCUUAUUGACCCAGUAUAUGUAACAUAACUUUUUAUUUUCUUCAAAGAAGUUUCCAAUAUACAAAUAUGUUCUGAAUAUUUUUCGGGUGGUAAUGACCUAAGGCUAUGGGAUAUCCACUUUAUACUAUAUAGUGCAGAGCUAUAGUCUAGCCAACAAGUUUGAUGUGGUUAUUGUACAAGAAAAUGAAAUCCUUUUGUGUAAUUUUACAAAGCUGUCACUGCCAGAACUGCAUAUCUCAGAGACCAUGUGAGAUAACGACUUCAUAUUUGCAGGGAUAAUAACUGUUGUAUGCAAGGUGGAUUGGUGGCCAUGAAAUUGACCUCUGACACAUUGUUUUAACCUCUGGCCCCAUCCAUGUUUCCCUUCAUGUUUUUUGUUUUCAUUUUAUGAUUCAAAACAUUCAGUAUAUACUGUCUCAUUACAAGCUGGAAGGUAGUGUAGUUUAGUUAUACAAUAUAAUGUUUUUAAAGAGCCUUCUGAAAGAUCAAAUACAUGUACCGGAAAUGAUUGUUCAGUUAUUUAGUGAUUAAUUCAACUCCAUAUAAAUGGAUCAUUUUGUUCUGACUCUGUCUCGAGAUACUGUGUUGUAUGUAGUAUUUCGGGAUUUUGUACAUUAAAGUGUAUACUAUUAAACCAGCAUAAAAAAAAAUCUAAGAACAAAACUGAAUGUUAACCUUUAAAAAAAUACAAUACAAAAACAGAAAACAAUAUAUAGCUAUGUCCAAAAGUUUUGCAUCACCCUAUAGAACAAAUGUUGCUUCAUAAAGUCGAAUGAAACCUGCUGAAUAAUGUUACGUUAACGUAUUGAAUUACAUACAGCUUUGUAGUUUUCCAAAUACUUAACGAAAAACUGACAAAAAUGGAAAAAUUUGACAUCUAACAUGAAGUACUGUACUACUAUUAUGGCUUCCGGUAGACUUUUGCAAUACCAUUUUGUAGUUUCUUUAAUUACAUGAUGUUAAAUAAAAUAUCUAAAUUAUGCUCAUAUAGUUCUUUUUGAGCUCUCAACCCUUAAUAUCUCAACCCUAAAAUUCUAGGUGAUGCAAAACAUUUGGCCAUAGCUGUAGAUGAAGUUAAAUGUAUUAUUUGUCCACCAUUUAAAGCAAAAAAAAACAAACAAAAAAAUACAGUUUACAGUAUCUUGCACUGAAUUAAGAAUUUCUAAAUAAAGAAGUUUCGUUUUAUUAUGUUUUCUACCACUGUAUGUUUUAUAGUUGUGCAUAAAUAAUUUAAAUGUGGAUGCAAUUUCUUUAUGACAUGUAAAGCUGAAAAAACAUCAACAAAUUAGUAUUAAUAGCUUUGAGAUUGUAGUAAAAUAUGUCGACACACUCAAUUCGAAACAACAUAUGUAAAUGAUGUGUCAAAGUAGGUGUGAAGCCUUGAAAAUGACUAGUGUUGCAUAUACCAGCAUAACUGCAGUCACAUCUAUAUGGUGUUAAAUUAACGGCAGCUCUAAAUACUUAACAGAUGUGAAAAUUGCUAAAUAAUAUGCACUGUAUCCUGUCUAUUCUGUACAACUGUGAUGAUUCAUUGAAGGGUUGAGUGGGAAAGUGAUGUAUCUCUCAUGGAUGUUGUUUUAAGGAAUUGAGAGCCUUAUUAGAAUGAAAUGAAUUAGCUUUAUUGAGAUCUUGGUGAUUUGGCUAGUACUUGUGUUAUCAUGCCUUUUAUUUUUCGUUGUCCCACAAAUCUUUACAAAAUAACCUCAAGAGUGCCAUCGUGAAUGUAAGCGUAUUUCAAAACGUUCAUUGUAGUCUUUCUUUAGAUCUCUCUGCUUCAUUGGUCUGAAAUCAGUAUUCUGAUUCCCAGUCUCAAUUUUUAAUCGUGGUUUGGAUGUGAUUUUCUACUUUUUCACUGAAGAUAUACUUCCUGUAUAUAGUACAGUAGGUGAAUGUACAAAAGUGAUAAUUGAAAUCUCAUCAUUAUGACAGGUGCAAGUCGGCUCCCAGAUUAAUUGAAAAGUAACAACAGCAUCUAUAUACAACACUCACAUUCAACUCUUUAGUCUUCUGACACAUCCAUUGGUGUUAAUCAAACAUCUAAUAAUUGAUGUUGGUCUUUUGUGUAAUUCUGUCUGUACAAUUGCAGGAAGCGUCCUAUUUAAUGACUGGUGGUAUUCAUCCAUCAUUUAGAUCAACUACAUACACCCUGUGCUCAAAGUAUUGCACUGCCAUGAAUUGCAUUUAUGCUGCAGUAUAAUUGUUAUGUGUAGGUUUUUAGUAUAGUGAAGCUGAUAUGGCACUUACUUAUGUUUAUUUUGUUCUCAUUAUGUGUCUGCCAUUUUUGUUUUCUACCCUGCGUGCAUGUAAUGUAUGUGGAAAAAAGAAUGUACUUUUGAUGUAUUUCUAGUCUUGUUAUUUACAUUACAUUGCAAUCAGCCUGUUCUGUGUUAUUAUAGCCAUACAAUAGAAUUGCAGUUAACUUGUGCAGCUUUGCUUAAUGAUUUGUUUAAUUAGUGUUGGUGUGUUUCCUUUUUAUUAGAUGUGUUCCAGUUUUUUAAAAGUAUUUUUUUACAUUACACUUUUAUAAGUAUUUUUUUAAUGAUUUUUUUUUUACUAUGGACUUUUGUAUGUUUUAAUCAUGUUUUUUACAAUAAAUGUUUUUAAAAUA